GGCACGCCGCCGUCCUUCGACAAUGUGAGGAAACCUGGCUACUUCGACUGGAGUUUCAAGUUCAAGAACGCGCUGAACUACGGCAGCUACGACGACGACUGGCGUCAGAUGGCGCACAGCCUAUACUUCAUGCUCACGAUGUAUGCAGAGGGCACGCCAUUCGGCAUCGUCAGGAAGGUUCGCAAUCAGGACGGCUUCGAGGCACAUAGGAGGCUGAGCUACCAGUACGACCCGCAGAACAUGGGUAGCAUCCUCUCGCGGCUGAUGAAGGUGCUGGAGGUUGAUCGCGGCGGCGAGUCUGAGCUCCUGGGCAACCUCGCAAAGUUCGAGAACCUGAUCGAGGAGUACGAGGAGUUGUCCAAGGCGUUGAAGAACCACGUCCUCUUGUCGAUCCCGAAGGAAGACAUCCAGUGGAACGCGACUAAAGAAGGACCCGCGCCGAUGGACGUCGGCUGGGCCCAGACAAGUGGCAGUGGGACCGACGGCCCGGCAAAUGCGGCGACUGGAAAGGCGGCAAAGGUAGACUCAAAAGGCAACGAUACAGAUUCGAAGGGCUGGGGCAAGGACGGAAGCGACAAGGGCGGCAAGGGCGACGGCAAGCAGAAGUGCCAGGGACACUGUGGCCGAUGCGGUAGGCGGGGCCACAAGCAGAAGGACUGCUACGCCAAGAUCAACGAGGCGGACGCGGGCGACUGGAGCAGCUGGAACGAGGUCUGGAACACCGACGACUGGGGCAAGAGCUGGGGCGGCCAGAAGGGCCGGGGCCAGUGCGAGCCCGCUCCAGCGCAGCCCAGCAAGGCGGUCGACGUGAUGGUCGACGCGGGCGCGAAUCGGUCGGUGCGCGGUCCGCAGGACUUCCCAGGCUACCCGAUCAUCCAGGACGCGAAGAUGGAGAUCAAGGUCGCGAAUGGUGCGAAAAUCAGGCACUACGGCGACGAGCAGGUGAACCCGAAGACGGAGUCCGACGACGAGAUCAAUGUGAAGGUCCACGCGACAGAUGCGACGAGGCCGAUCCUGAGCCUGACCAGUAUCAACAUUGCAGGUGCUGGAGUGGUGUUCCCGCCAUCCGGCGCGAGGGGCUCGGCUUCGAUCGCGAGGGGUUCGAAGAGCAGCGGCGCGGCCGCGGACGACGCGACCCCGUUCUUGGCGCAGGAGGUCGACCAGCCCAUCGAGCCGGCUGCAAGGCCGGAUGCUACGGCGGUGACAGCGCCGAGAGAUCCCGCGAAGGUAGAAGGCGUGCCUGUGGUCCAGAUCGACUACACGUUCGGCAAGGCGCGUCGCGGCGAGGAGGCGCACCGAGUCAUGAACGCGAUAGACAACGCAUGCCACGCCACGGCUUCAGUUUGGUACGAGGCGAAGGGCAGUGGAGACACUUUUUGUGUCAAGUGCCUCAAGCGCUACGUGGGGGAGCUGGGGCACGAGAAGGACAUCGCGCAGGGCCGCCCCGAGAACGCGGCCAAGGAUGCGGCGAUCAAGGUUGCUCGGGACGUCGGCAACGAGGCGACGUUCAGAACUACCCCGAAGACGAGCCAGGGCAGCAGCGGCAUGGUGGAGAGGUUCCACGCGUUUAUCCAAGGGGCGACGAGGACCUGGUGGAAAGCCAUCGGGGGCAAGUGCGGGAUCGUGAUGGAGCUGAGGCACCCGAUCAUGGCAUGGAUUGUGCGCCGCGCGUCGUGGACGCGCGAUCGGUGCCCGGUCCAUCGCUCGGACUACAAGACGUCGUUCGAGCGCCAGAACGAGAAGCACGACGAUAAGAAGUUCGAGACCGCGUGGGGCUACGGGAUCUACUUGGGGAGGUCGCCGGAGGACGACACCCGCGUCUGCGGGGCGCGCCGGGGCAUCAUCGUGGCGAGGUCCGUGCGGAGGCUCGUGGACAGCGAGCGCUACGACAAGCAGUUGUUCCUGGCCACGCGAGGCAUCCCCUCGGACAUGAAGGCGGCCAAUGCGUCGGCGCCCGCGGUGGGCAGGGAGGGGCAGCCAGCCCCGAGUCGCCCGAGCCAGCCCGGCUCCGGGGCGGCGGCGGCGAGUCCGCAGGAGGGGAAGGCCAGGAAGCCCGAGACGACCGGCGACGCCAACAUGGGCGACAUCGAGGACGACGGCCCCAAGGCCGUUCAGAAGAGGCCGAGGGGAAGACCACCCACGCGUGCGCUGCCGAACCCGAUGUCGGCGGAGUACGCGCCCGGGGGCGAGGCGCCGCCCAAGGAGAGGAAGAUCGGCGUGGUGACGAUCGCCAAUGUGGCUGAGCUGGGCUACCCUGGUGGCGCCGAGCUCCACGCCCCCUGCGAGCGCGAUCCGAACUUCGAGCUGCUGGGGGAGGCCUAUUGCGACGGCGAUGACGGCGAGCACCUCGACCCGAACAUGGGCCACGAGGGGAUCAAGAGGGAGGCGAAGUUCAUGGAGCCCCUCGGCGCCGGGGGCCCCGCGCCGCGCCCGCGCGACGAGAAAGUGCGGGGCGCGAGGUGGCGCCGCCGCGAGAAGGGCGACGGCGUGCGGAGCAGGUUCGUGGCGGGGCAGUUGAGGGGCGCGCAGGCGGGAGACUUCUUCGCCUGCGCUCCGAGGACGGGGGCCGCGAGGACGCUGAUGGCGGCGGCGCUGCUGCUCAUGCACGCCACGGCAUGGGACGUGGACUCGCGUGGAAGCUGUAGAAGUCUCUCUGCGGGCUCAGAGGGGCAGCGCUUCGAUUCCAGGAGUUUCUGGAGCACCGUGGUUGGCCUUGGCUUCGAGGUAUGCAAGGCGGAGCCCACCAUGUGCCAUCGCGUCGAGAACGGGAUCAGGGUCGCGGUCCACGCGGACGAUCCUCAUGCUGCCGGUCCAACGCGGCGUGUUCUCGGCGAGAUGUUCGACAAGCUCGCGGAGCACUUCUUGAUCAAGGGCCGCUUCGUCCUGGGCGAGGACCCCGCGAUCUACUUCGGCUCGUCGCUGCAGCGGUUCGACGACGUGAUCGUGGAGAAGAGCAAGCCCGGGUACGUGGAAAUCAUCUUCGAGGCCGCGGGGGUGCCUGACUGCUGGCCUGUGGGCGCGGCAGGUGCCAGGCCAGACCUGGCCGAGCCUGGCGCGGAGGAACCGCUCAACGGCGAGGAGCACUCGUCGUGUCGGAGGUGCUGCGGGAAGAUCCAGUGCGCCACCCCCAGGAGGCUGGGCGCGACGCACCCGCUGAAGGAGCUCGGUCGGCGGCUGAGCGAGCCGCGGAAGGCCGACGUGAAGUGCCUGAAGCACCUCCUCCGCUACCUCAACGGGGCCCGCGACAUGGCGAUGGCCAACCGCGCGUCCAACGACUGGAAGCGACUCCGAGGUAGCACCGACUCGCACUGGGCAGGAUGCCACGAGACCAGAAAGUCGACCUGCUGCGGGAUCGCGCGGUGGUGCCGCGUGGUCAUAAGCGCGCACUCUCGCACGGAGUCGGUGUCGGCCCAGUCGAGCCCCGAGGCCGAGUACCUUGGCGCAGUAGAGUUGGCGGCGGAGAUGCUCUGCGCGCGGGAGAUCAUUCGCUUCGUGGGUUUCGACGCGCCGAUGGGGACAGCGAAGUGGCUCUGGCUCCAACGACGCGCGGGCACGGGCCAGAUCAGGAUCGAGAAUGCCCCAGACGUCGGCGCGAGGUUCCUCGGCAAGGCGGCGCUCGAGAAGUGCAGGUCCGUGCUCGGCCUGGCGGCGGUCGACAAGUUCGGCAGUGCGGUGGUCGUGGCGCUGAGUGCAGGGAGGUCGGCGCGAUUCCUGGGGGCUUCCAUGAUCCCGGCGAGCGGCGCGAGAGCGCAACCUGACCAUGGCAGAGGAGGAUUCGAGCCGCUCAUGAUGGUCAUGUUCGCCUGGGCCCUGAGCUGCGUUAUCAUCGGUCUGUUGUUCGGCUACCUGCGCUCGCACCUCAGAGCGUGCCCGACGAAUUCGACGACGCCGACGGGAUCGGCUACAUCGUGUUCCUCUACGGAGAUGCCGACGGCGCCGAUGGUCGAGACGGCGACGUCGGGGGCGACGGAGCCGACGUCGGUGCCGCCACCACCAGCGACCUGGGAGGUCGGGUCGCAGACGGACGGCGAGAGCGCGGGGCCAUCGGGGCCUGGAGACGGCGCUCGGUCCCUCGGGGGGCGUCCGCGAGUGCAGCUGGCGUACCACCUCGACGACUGCGCGGCCAUGGCCCAUGCGACGUCGAACUGCCCAGCGCCAGCCAAUCGGACGAGGUGGAUGUCAACGUGCGGGGCGCGCUCGAUCUGCUGCGCGGCGCUGCCGGAAAAACGGGCGACGCUGUUCCGCGCGGGCGGCCCAGAGACGCCGGUGCACCGUGACCAAG